CCAAGAUUGCAAGUUACAACCACCGGUCUGUUUUCUUGUAUAUGUAUCUCUCUUACCUUUCAAGAUUAUCCACCACAAAACCUGAAGGGUAGACGUUGUCGAUCUCUUGGUAUCUCUUGUUGAAAGGUGAAUUUGUAGAGGUCGGGGACAGGACACGUUCUUGGCAAGAUGAAGCAGAUUAAGGAGGAGACUGAGAGUUUGUGUCUGAGAAGUUAUCUGCCACAGCUUCCACUGGCAGGAUCUGGGGUUAGAAAGAUAGGUGGUGAGAGCAUAACCAAUAAACAGAUCAAGAAGUUCUGGAGGCAGAAGCAGAUCACAGAAGAGGAUCAUCUCUUCGCCGCUAUCAAGGCAGCAGCUCGUGUCAGAGCCCGCAAACUCUCUGAAGAAGAGUACAAAUGCUUCGAAGAAAGCUUAGACUUGAAUGAACUGGAAAUCAGAGACGAUGAACUUCAUGUUGGGAUAAAAGACUGGUGGACCAAGAGCAAGUAUGCAUACUUGAACCAGCCUGCACUUGGACUUGGACCUGCAGAUUCCAAGAGAAGAAGACGAAGAUUCUCUUAUGUGCCAAACUGUUUCUCUUUCAAGACUAAUGUCCCUCUGUACCCUACUUCCCUCAAUGUCUUUUAAAACCUUCAUCAACUGUUUCUUUUUUCAAUAUAUGUAAUAAAUUGUAAAUACAUGCAUGCGUGCGUAUAUAUCUAUAUGUACAAUGUAUUCAUUCACAUAUGUAUAUUUGUUCCGUAUA